AUCUUUCUACACACGAAUUAUGAAAUUGUAACCUCUCUAAAAAACUAACCCACACAUACUUUCCCCAUUCUUCUUUAUUCCACCCUGUUAACUCUCCCAUCUUCAACCUUCCAAUCAAAUCCCCUUCUCUCUCUUCAUUCGCUCUCAACCCCAUAUCAAUGGAUGCAAUCCUAAGAGCAAUCGGGUCAGGCCCAAACCCAGAAGAUUACUCAGGUAUAGACUUCUGGUCCAACCCAGAGCGGGUCGGGUGGCUCACAAAACAAGGCGAAUACAUCAAAACUUGGAGACGUCGUUGGUUCGUCCUCAAACAAGGUAAGCUUUUAUGGUUCAAAGAAUCCACCAUAACCCGCACCUCUGUUCCUCGUGGCGUUAUCCAUGUGAGCCGUUGCCUUACCGUUAAAGGGGCCGAAGAUUCCAUCAACAAGCCUUCCGCGUUUGAGAUCUCUACCUCGGAUGGUUCUACUAUGUACUUUAUUGCUGAUUCUGAUAAAGAGAAAGAAGAAUGGAUUAAUUCAAUUGGACGAUGUAUUGUUCAGAAUUCACGAUCCGUCACUGAUUCUGAAGUCGUUGACUAUGAUAAUCGUCAUUAAAUUUGUUUGAAGUUUGUUUUUAUGAAAUUUGGUUAUGGAUGAUUAUGAUUACUAAUUUCGGAUGAUGAUCAUCAUAUUGUAAAGUUAGUUUACUAGUUAAUUUUAUUGUCAGUCAUCUGGUUUUUGAAUUGCGGACUGAUAUUGCUGAUUUUUUUUGUUUUAAUUGUUGUGAUCUGACUUGUGGAAAUUUAGGGUUUUAUGUUUCCAAUUUUAAUACUUCUAUCUCUAGAAAAUUCCAAAAUGGUAAGUUGUACAAAGAUUAAAAAUAGUAAAACUAUUUAAAUAAAUUGUAUAAA